GUGGCCUGGCAGCGGGCGGCGUUGAGGCGGACGUAACUACAGAGGGCUGUUGAGCAGUGGAGUCGGGACCUGCUCUUGGGGCAUGAGCCGAGGGGACAACGCCGAGGCCACGAGUAUUUCAUAGAGAUUGAUGGAAGCAGAAACCAAAACUCUUCCCCUGGAGAAUGCAUCCAUCCUUUCAGAGGGCUCCCUACAGGAAGGGCACCGGUUAUGGAUUGGCAACCUGGACCCCAAAAUCACGGAAUACCACCUCCUCAAGCUACUCCAGAAAUUUGGCAAAGUAAAGCAGUUUGACUUCCUCUUCCACAAGUCAGGUGCUUUGGAGGGACAACCUCGGGGUUACUGUUUUGUUAACUUUGAAACUAAGCAGGAAGCAGAGCAAGCCAUCCAGUGUCUCAAUGGCAAGCUGGCUCUAUCUAAGAAGCUGGUGGUGCGGUGGGCUCACGCUCAAGUAAAGAGAUACGAUCAUAACAAAAAUGAUAAGAUCCUUCCAAUCAGCCUUGAGCCAUCCUCAAGCACUGAACCCACUCAGUCUAACCUAAGCGUCACUGCAAAGAUAAAAGCCAUUGAAGCAAAACUGAAAAUGAUGGCAGAAAAUCCUGAUGCAGAAUAUCCAGCAGCACCCGUUUAUUCCUACUUUAAGCCAUCAGAUAAAAAAAGGACUACUCCUUACUCUAGAACAGCUUGGAAAUCUCGAAGAUGAUGGUUGUGAAUUUCUGUAGCAGCAAAAGCAAAUUGGUCUCCACACCUGAACUCCUCUGCCUUUGUACUUUGUAGGUGUGAAUGGUGUAUCCAACAGAGCACAAUCACAUGUUAGAGUUUGGUAACAUGACAUUUUUGGAUUUUCUUAUGGAUGUUUCUUCCUUGAAGUAUGUGUGGAAUUGAGCAUCAUCCAGAAUAAAUAGGAUUGUAUCCAAAAUUGUGAUUUGAACACUGGGAUGCUCUAGUUGGCUGGUUUGUUUGGCUUUGUAACUUCAGAAACAUUAUGAAGUAUGCCAGAGAGAAAAGAAAACAUAGAAAAUGUUAUUAUUUAAAUCAGGAAACGAAAUUUACUAAUGUCUUUCUUAAAAAAAGGAAAAUAGGUCAUUUUCCUGUACUCUAGUGUCUUUAGAACAUAAAGGAAAAGAGACAGGGAGGGAAGUGAGAGACAGUUUUUAAAUCAUGUUCUGAACUGUUGUUCCAGGAUUUACGAUGGAAAUCCCUCCAAAAAAGAGAAAGUUCUUGGCAAGAGGGAGUUGGUUCUUUGAGCAAAUGUGGUAAUCCGUUUUAGGAAUCAUGCUUAUCGUUUCAAAAUCCCAAUUAGGAAAAUAUGGUGUAUAUCUUGAAAUUGUUGGGUCAACAAAACUGUAAAAUCAAAUUUAGCAUUUUAUACCGCAACAGAAGUUCCAUUUGGAAACCCAGCUUUUAUUCUAUAGUAAUCUUUUUUUUUUUAAUCUAAAUAAUCCUGCCUUCUAUAAUACCAAAUGUUAUUAAUGUAGGACUUUUAAAAUUGCACUUAUUGCAUGAGAUUGUUUUUAUAGCAUGAGAAUGUUAUAUUUGGAAUUGUAUCAUGGUCAAUCUAAAUAGAAAACGCAAGAUUUCUUUGAAAACGUAAAAGUUGCUAUAUUGAUAGCUAUCAAACAUAUUAUUUCCUAAUACAUGUGCAGGGGUCUGAGGUUGUACUGUUUUGGGAGGGUGGGUGUUGGGGCACAUGCAGGAGACACAGAGAGUCAAUGGAGCCGGCACUACUCAAGCACCGAGAUUUUAAUGAACCUGGAGUUUAUGUCCUUUUAAAGGCUUUAAAGAUUGCAUGACUUUGAAAUGAUCAUUCAUUCGUAGAACAUAGAUAUUUUUUGCCACAUUGAACAUUCUAAAUAUGACAAUAUGGAGAGAUAAAUUAAUCAACAGAUUUUGAGACAUUCUUCAGUCAGCACCGUUUUGGUCCUUUUGGUGCCAAGUUUGACAGACUGUUGCGUUGGACAGCACCAUUGUCCUUUCCCAGGUAAAUCACUGUUACUUCUACUGCCAUUCUGGUGAUUACAGACUGUUUACUACUACAGUUCCUAGCAAGAGGAAGCUUUCGUAAUGGGAACUUAAGUCUUCCUAUGAGCAUAAAUUAAUUUAAGACACUUGAACAAAAAUUUCAGUAUAUUGAAGUUUCAGAAUUCAUAGAACUGGCUCAGAGAAAUUCUUAUCACUUUUCCCAAGAUACCUUUAAAUAUCAAACACUUUCUGCAUUUACUAGCUCUAUCUAUAAUGUAAGUAACUCUUCUUCCAUUUGGGGAAUAGUUCAGGGAGAUGGGAGUACUAUCUCCCAUUUUUCUGGUGACUUCUUGGAGUAUAGAAUUCACCAUUUUAUCCUUAAGUCCUCAAGGGUUAUGGUGGAGUAGGAUUUACUUAAUGCAAAAUAGUCUUCUAUUUUUAAUAGGAAUUUAGGAAAAAAAAAAAAACUUCGAAUUACAUAGAGUUGUUUCCUUUAGAAACCAGAUCUAUUUAUUUGUAUUUAAAGCAAUGUUUAUUAUUUGUACCAAUUCUUAUUCCUGUGUGUGAAUAAAUGCAACACAGUGUCUGUGUGAUUGUGUCUUCUCUCUUCCAUUUACUGAAAUAAAGACUACAGAUCUCUGAUAGACUUGUUCCCACUUAGGACUGGGGCUGGUGUGUCCUGGCAGGGUGCUGCUUCUAGAUUCGAUACUCUGCAGAGGUCUUUGCCUAGAGUCAGCCUCAGGGGUUAGUCGUAAUUCUUUCCACCCAUUAUGCCUGCCUACUUUGUUAGAUGAAGAGACGAGCUCUUCUCAUUGCAAAUGUAACUAUUUAAGAAGUUAUUAAUGGAAGUCCCUGUGUUGAUUCUCUCAAAGUAAAGGUUUCAAAAGAAUAAAUGUGUGUGUCAUAAAUAAUUGCUAAAAAGCAGCCUGGUGAAACGUUUGUAAAAUGCAAGUGUUGGUGGAUUCAUUGUUAUGAGGUUAUCUGUACUUUGAGUAAAUUUUUCUUUGGUUUGCAUAAAAUUAUGUCACUUAUAAUUCUGAUGCAUGCAAGGGUGGAAAAUAACAGGCGAGAGGAUGAACUAUCUUCUUAAUCUCAGCUCCUGUUUUAUCAAAUGCAAAUUGUAACCCUAACCAGUUGAUUUUUGUAAUUGGUAUCUAAGUAUUGGGGAAGAGGAUAACACAAGGAAAGAUUUUUCAAAACAUGUCAAAAAUCAGCAGCAAAAGUUUUAUGAAACCAAGUAUUCUAGAGCCCUGUCUCUUAUUAAGGCAUGUACAAUUAAUGUCCAAAUUGGCAAAUAUUUGUGAUUUUUAUAUUACUGUGAAAGAACAAUUAAUUCUUGCCUUACAUAUUAAAUGUUACACAUUUCCUGGGUAUAAUCAUUAUGUUUCUAAAAUGUGAUUUGUUUCCAUUAUAUUCAUCCUUCAUUGCUCUCUCUCUCCCCCAUUCCUAUCCAGUUCUUUCCCAAAUCCUCUCAACUCCGCCCUCAAAAUACAUCGUGAAUCCAACUGCUUCUCAUUACUGCCAACACUACCAUUUUGGUCAAGUUACCAUCAUCUCUUGCCAGACUAUUGCAAUACUUUCCUAAUUACCUCCCUGUCCCCACUAUUGACUCCUUAUAGUCAAUUUUUGACACAGUAGCUGAAGUGAUCCUUCUAAAAUCUAAGCAUGUCAUUCCCUUAUCAAUGGUUUUCCGUCAUACCUAGAAUAAAAUCCAAAGACCUGUAAGCCCCCAAAUGACCUAGCCCCUGACUAUGACUGUGUAGCUUACAGUUUUCCCUUUCGCUCACUGCAUUCCAGCCACACAGACCUCUUAUUUUUCUUUGAAUACA